UCGUCAGAUAUUUUUGCCCAGUACAUUACAGCUCAGUCGGGAGAAAGGCAAACUUACUGUAAGGUUCUUAAGCGCAAUUCAUAAUUGAAUUUGCAUUAUUGGAUUUGAAGGUCAAUUUUUACAAUGAUGGUACAAAAUCGGCCAUACGACGUUCCAGAAGCGCGGAUACACUGAGAAUACAAUGUCGCAGUCCAAGCUAUCUUCCCUGUUGGUGGGCUUAUGUGUUGGUUUCUUUUUGGUGUCUAUAGCCUCCUGCGCCAGUAUAGCUCAGCCCAUAGCCUUGCCUGUAGCCUCUCCAGUAUCUAUCCCAGAGGCAGAAGCAGCAGCAGAAGCAGUGAGUGAUGCAGCUGUUAAAGCGAUAGCUGAAGCGGUAGGUAGAGCCAAGGGAGCAGGGGUCGCUGACGCUACAGCCAAAGCAGCAGCAGAUGCAGGGGCUGAAGCAGUAGCUCACGCGUUAGCCAGGGUGCUAGCUUCAUUGAAAGCCGAAGUGAUGUCUGAAUACUGUUCAGUUGAGGAUUUUGAUUUUGGGCCAUUUUAGAAAAUAUAAAAAACGGCCAUUUAAAUAAAUGCACGUUAUUAGAUUUUGUA